CGGCAUAUCUUCCUCCCAGCCUUUCACUAUAGACUAUCAAAAGAAUACCUCUAGCGUGACCGCACCAAUGCCCUUUAAUGUGGUCACCGCAGUUGUCUACACCAUCGUCUUCAUCGUAGGUCUUCUGGGUAACACACUGGCUAUCUAUGUGGUGGUUCGCUAUGCCAAGAUGAAGACGGUAACUAACAUGUACAUCCUCAACUUAGCCUUGGCGGAUGAACUCUACAUCCUGGGAAUUCCCUUCCUUGGUACUAAUAGUUUGCUUUCCUACUGGCCAUAUGGUGAUUUCUUCUGCAAAGUGUGCAUGACUGCUGAUGCCAUGAGCCAGUUCACCUCCACCUUCUGCCUGACGGUGAUGAGCAUCGAUCGCUACCUGGCUGUAGUUCAUCCUAUUCGCAGUGCCAAAUGGCGGAAGCCACAGGUGGCCAAGGUUUUCAAUGGCAUGGUGUGGGUUGUGUCCUUUCUCAUUGUGCUGCCAGUCACCAUCUAUUCACAUGUACAAGAGGGAUUCAACACCUGCAACAUAACCUGGCCUGAUCCGCAGAAUUUGUGGUCCAUUGUCUUCAUCCUUUACACAUCUAUCCUGGGUUUCUUUGGUCCUCUGGUUGUCAUCAGCCUCUGCUACCUGGUCAUUGUCAUCAAGGUGAGGUCAGCGGGCGUGCGGGCAGGCCUGACUAAGCGGCGUAAGUCGGAGCGUAAAGUGACACGCAUGGUGGUGAUCAUCGUGUUAGUGUUUGUGCUUUGUUGGCUGCCAUUCUUCACAACCAACAUCGUUAACCUGGUUUAUAUCAUCCCCGAGAACAAUGCCACCGCUGCAAUCUACUUCUUCUUGGUCAUCCUCACCUACGUCAACUCCUGCGCCAACCCAAUCCUCUAUGGCUUCCUCUCUGACAAAUUCAAGCAGAGCUUCCAGAAGGUGCUCUGUUUCCACAAACCAAAUGGUGUUGGCACCACAUACGAGAGGGGAGGUGGACAGGUUGCACCCCAGGACAGACCAAACGAAAAGCAUGAUCCUAUUUUGUCGGUCAGAAAUCACAAACAGAAUGAAAAGAUGCAGAGCAUGCAGUGUGUCCAGAUGGAAGUUAUUGGGAACAUUGGGAAUGAGCCUUUAUCUUCAAAAACAGUGGUGAAUGGCCACUCAAUGCUAUGAGUUUUCAUAUUGGCCCAUAUAUGACUAGUCCGCUACCACAUGGAACUGGUACGAUUUACUCCUGGAGUUUAUAUUGACUUGUAUUUCUUGUCUUUAUUGCCAAUCCUCUCACCCAGACUGGGACAUUUCUGAAAAGGAGCAAAGAAGGACAUUCAUCACAGAUUUCAGCAUUUUUUUUGGCUCUUUAUGUAUUUGUGCUGUUACCAGAUUGGCUGCAUUGUACAAAGCAUCUGCAUCAAAGUAGAGAAACCAUCCCGCAACAGAGGAGGAGGUCUAUGACACCACUUAUCCCCCACCUACAAUGCUGUCCUACUAUCCUUUCCCAAGAGACUCAAUAACCAUUCAAAAUUGGCCUUGUGUGAUAACUCCAACGUUUACACUUGGCCUCAGAUGACUCCAAUGACUCUGACAGUUGUUACAAGAGCCAGGAGCGCUGUCGAACCAAGUGGUAUCAAUGACCUUGAUAACAAUCCCACAGUGGUUAAAUACCUGGGACUCUCCACCAGUCAGUUAGAACUGAAGAGGCAACUUGGAUGAGAAGUGAAACAUCUUCAAGUACCUACAACCAAGUCCAGUUGCCCUUGAUUCAACCCUCCUUGUAUAACCAUAACCUGGAUGACUGAGAAUCUUCAUAGACAUUGUACAAAACAUUGAUUUAUGUAAUUAUGUAAGAUCUCCGUACAAUAUAAAUAGAGUCAUGAGAUUUAUUUUAAAAUGUGGUAAAUUCUCAAAUAGCUUCUCUUUUUUUUACCUCAAAUGCAGAGAGAACCAGGCUGUAAUCUUCAAAUGGGCUUUUACUGGAGACAGUUUUUUUUCUAAUUUUUGUUUUAUAUUUGAUCAUAUUUUAGUAACAAUUUCUGAUCUGGUUUAAUUUGCUGCUUAUGUUGCUUAAUUUGCUUAUUAAUGCAAAUUCAACCCUUCCUCUAUGUUUACCUGUUGUCUUGAUAAAUUCAGUGUAAUGUACACUUCACAGUACCAAGAGACAUCUGUGCAUCUAUGGAUGUACAGAACUUAAAAUGUACACUAGCUUAACACCAAAUGAAAGAACAGCAGUGUCAAAAUGACUAGAAUAAAUGACUGACAGUAUAUCUGUUAAAGCAAUAGUUUGACAUUUUGGGAAACAUGAUUAUUCACUUUUAGGUAGAGAAUUAGAUGAGUAAAACUGAUUCCACUCUCACAUCUUUACGGUAAAUUUAAAGCUACAGCCAGUAGCUGCUUAGCUUAGCAUAAAGACAGGAAACCUGUGGACACAGCUAGCCUGGCUCUAUCCAAAGGUAACAAAAUGAGCCCACCUCUAUAACUCUCAAAUUAAUAUGUUAUAUAUCUUUUUUGUCCAUACAAAAACAAAACAGAAGUGUAAAAGCAACAAUGCAAUGGUUAUGUGCCAGACUAUUUCUUGGCUGGGACCACUAACUUCCUGGAGUCUAUACUGGUUGCCUGGUAGCCAAGAAAUAGUCCAGCCAUACAACAGCAAAUUGAUGUUUUUAUUCUUUGGUUUUUGUAUGAAUUAACUAAAGAAAUAUAACAUGUUCAUUAGCAGGCUGUCGAGUUGCUGGUAAGAGGAUUUUGUUACCAAUGCACAGAGCCAGCAUACUUUUUUCCCUCUGUUUCUAGUCUUAAUGUUAAGCUAAGCUAAGCUAACUGGCUGCUGGCCAGCCUUACUUAUAACUGACAGACAUGAUACUCAACUCAGACAAAUAAAGUGAUGGAAUUAGUUCUAUGGAAGUGAACAUUAUGCUGAAUUUACCAUGUGAGCCAUUAUAGUGCAGGUAAUUUCUAUGACCAGCUGUUAUUUGAAACUCAGCACUGUUCUUUCUUUAAUUUGAGGAUCUACAGUAUUUAGUUUCUGCUACUACUAUAGUGAGCAUGUUUUUGAUGGUUAUAACAAUUAGAUUUAUUUUGGCUUAUUAGUUUUGAAAGGCUUUUUGUGACAUUUUGACGUCAAUGUUACAAGGCUGUGAAAAAUGCUGUGAAAGCACAGCCCAGUAUUGUCCUUUAGUGGAUUUAUCGAUUUCCUCUCACAUUUCUGAAACAAUCUGUUGAAGUGGAUGCCACAGUGAAGUAAAGGAGCAUGUCAUUCUCAGACCUCAGAAACAUACCUUUGUAUGUUUGUUUGUUAUCCUGACUCACCGUUUAGCUGCUGGACUAUGACCUUUGACAUGUAUUACCAACAGCGGAAGGUGCUGGACAACACUGUAGCAGGAGACAUGGAAAUUAUUUGUGUUUGAAUCACUGUGAAUUUGAAAAUAAUAGGUCAUUCUGGAGCUUUGAGUUCCCUGGCAUGCUUACAAAUAUAAUAAGCAUGUUAGUCAUUCUGUUAAAGAAGCCAUCAUGAAUAUUAAUAAAUGAUCAAGUCUGUUACGCAUGUUCACCCUGCAUUAAUCCAACACAGUACAAUGGAGGGUGGCUGAAAUGUGCCUGCAUAUAACAAAGCUCUUUUUAUGUGUACAUCUAUCCCAUAAAAAUGGACAGUUGAUGUUUAUUGUCACUAAGAUUCAUCUUUAUUAUGGCAGGUUUAUGUUGCAGACUUAAGCACUUUAUCAUUAUAUCUAGUCUAAAGAGAACAGAGGCAGCUUUAUGCUUGAAUGUUAAUGUCUCACAACAUAAACACAUUUUGUUGGGUUUUUUUUUUUGUUUUUUUGUUUUGUUUUUUUUAUGAAGUUUUAGUAGUUUUAUUGCAAAAGCAACAGGAACAAGACGGAGAAACACUUUUUUUCCCAGGGAUUUGGAUGUAUAAUGUUAUAUGGCUCCAGAACAAAGACUUGCCACAGACAUAGAAAAUUCACAUAAAUAUCUGAAAACCUGAUGUCAGCAACAUUAAGGGAGGCAGUUCAACGUUUUCCAGUGAGCUGACUUUUUAUUUGUUGGUGGUGGCGGCGUUGUGUUUGUUUGUUUGUUUGUUUGUUCCCUGGAUUAAUGAUCAAGAAACCAUUUCACUGUUAC